CCUCCGCCAGGUCCGGCUGUCUCCUCCCUCCACACAGACCUUAAAAACGGGAUGGCGCGUUUUGACUCUCUGGGGUGACUGUGCAAACCGGCCACGCCUCUGCGACACCAGCUGUCAGAGCCGCGCGUGGGGCGCGAGGGCUGGGAAUCGACUCCACUCAUCGACCCCCAAUCUCAAUCCUCACGCUGUGAGAAAACUCCGACUUUGCCGAGGCCCCAGGUGCAGCGGGGCUCGGCCAAGGAGGCACCUUUCUCUGUCCCCAUUCCAAUCCAAGCGCCCCUAGCUCUGACGACGCCUAGAGACUCCAGAGUGGGUGCUAAAGCUCCCAGAGCUUGCAGCAGGUGUCCGGGGCGGGCCUCCGACUUUCCGGAGACAGUCAGGUUGAGGUCUUGCCCUCCCCAAAGCCCCAGCCCCUUCUUGGAGCUGGCCGUCCCGCGCCGCUGGAAACCGUGCCUCCUCGCAGCAUGGCCACUAGCCUCAGCCUGGACGAUCCUCUACUGCCAGUCUCGCUGUCCACCCAGCAGACCACGCUCCUACUGCUCCUCUCGGUGCUAGCCGCCGUGCACGUGGGCCAGCGGCUGCUUAGGCAGCGGCGGCGACAGCCAGGGUCCGCGCCCCCCGGUCCCUUUGCGUGGCCGCUGAUCGGAAACGCGGCGGCUGUGGGCCCGGCGCCGCACCUCUCAUUCGCGCGCCUGGCGCGGCGCUAUGGCGACGUCUUCCAGAUCCAUCUGGGCAGCUGCCCGGUAGUGGUGCUGAACGGCGAGCGCGCCAUCCGCCAGGCCCUGGUGCAGCAGGGCGCUGCCUUCGCCGACCGGCCACCCUUCGCCUCUUUCCGCGUGGUGUGUGGCGGCCGCAGCCUGGCUUUCGGCCGGUACUCGGAGCGCUGGAAGACGCAGCGGCGCACAGCGCAAACCACGAUGCGAGCCUUCGCCACGCGCCAGCCGCGCAGCCGCCUCGUCCUCGAGGGCCACGUGCUAGGCGAGGCGCGCGAGUUGGUCGCGCUGCUGGUGCGCGGCAGCGCGGGCGGCGCCUUCCUCGACCCGCGGCCGCUGACCUUGGUGGCCGUGGCCAACGUCAUGAGCGCCGCGUGCUUCGGCUGCCGCUACAGCCACGACGACGCCGAGUUCCGAAAGCUGCUCUGCCACAACGAGGAGUUCGGGCGCACGGUGGGCGCAGGCAGCCUGGUGGACGUGCUGCCCUGGCUGCAGCGCUUCCCCAACCCGGUGCGCACCGCCUUCCGUGAAUUCGAGCAGUUCAACCGCAACUUCAGCAACUUCGUCCUCGCCAAGUUCCUGCGGCACCGUGAAAACCUUCGGCCCGGGGCCGCCCCCCGAGACUUGAUGGACGCCUUCCUCCUCUCGGCGGGAAAGGAGGCGGCUGAGGGCUCGGGCGGCGGCGGCGCGCGGCUAGACGUGGAGUACGUGCCGGCCACUAUCACCGACAUCUUUGGCGCCAGCCAGGACACUCUCUCCACCGCGCUGCAGUGGCUGCUCAUCCUUUUCACCAGGUAUCCUGAAGUGCAGGCUCGGGUCCAGGCAGAACUGGAUCAAGUCGUGGGUAGGGACCGUCUGCCCUGCCUGGACGACCAGCCCAACCUGCCCUACGUCAUGGCCUUUCUCUAUGAAGCCAUGCGCUUCUCCAGCUUUGUGCCCAUCACCAUUCCUCACGCCACCACUGCCAAUGCCUCUGUCUUGGGCUACCACAUUCCCAAGGACACGGUGGUUUUUGUUAACCAGUGGUCUGUGAAUCACGACCCAGUGAAGUGGCCUAACCCGGAGGACUUUGAUCCAGCCCGGUUCUUGGACAAGGACGGCUUCAUCAACAAGGACCUAGCCAGCAGCGUGAUGAUUUUUUCAGUGGGCAGACGGCGGUGCAUCGGGGAAGAGCUUUCCAAGAUGCAGCUGUUUCUCUUCAUCUCCAUCCUGGCUCACGAGUGCAAUAUCAAGGCCAAUCCAGACGAGUCCCCGAAAAUAGAUUUUAGUUACGGCCUGACCAUUAAACCCAAGUCAUUUAAAAUCAAUGUCACUCUCAGAGAGUCCAUGGAGCUCCUUGAUAGUGCUGUCCAAAAGUUACAGGCUGAGGAAGACUGCCAGGGAGAAGCCAGAAACAAGUUGAAAUUUUAGAAGUACUCAACUUUUGAGGGAUGGGGAGUAAAAUUUUCUGGCUCCCCUGUGCCACUUUCUCAAUUAGCCUAACGUAAGCAUAAACCAAUUGUAGACGAUGUGCCUCACACUCGUGUGCUCAGAUGAGCGCUGGGCUAUGCAGGGGCUCUGGGAAGAUCUUUUGAGUCAAAGAGUUAAAGGGCCCCCCAAUUUUUAUACAACUAUCAAAUGCUGGUAAUAAUUUCUUAUAGGAGCAUUCUUUGGAAUUAAAACACACAUGCACACACACACAAAACUACCAUUAGGUAGAGGUAUCUCAGUAAUUAUGCUUUCGAGGGUGGAAUCCGAGAUUGAUGUUCUGUGUGCUGAAAUCUGCCCCAUAGAAAACCGUAUUAAGCAAAGUUCAGAAUGUAUUGUUGAAUACGCAAAGGCAAAUAAUUUCAGUGUAAGACGUGUGAUUGAGGGUGAUAAAGGAAAAGGUGAAGACCAGAAAUUCUCUUCUCACCUUUUCCGUAAAAUCGCUUAGUUCGGCUCUAGUAUCUAUGGAUGGAGUUAUCGUUUUGCCUACUGGUGUGCUUUUGCUUACAUUUUUGGAUGAGUUAUAAAGUCAUUUUCUCAAAUAGAAAUUAAUAGUAGUUGAUUUAGUGAUUAUAGUGGGUUUCAGUGAUUUAUUAAGAAUUUUAAAGGCUAAGUUGUUAAAUAGUAAAAAAAAAAAUCCAAGCUGAAGUCAUAUCUCUCUUGGUUGCCAAAGUACAGAAUUUCAAUUAUAAGAAAAAAAAAAGGAUUUACCAGCCAAGCUAAGCUUUAAACUAUGUGAUUGUAAUGCACUGAUUUCAAUGUCUCACAUGUUAACAUAAAAGUCCACAAAUAGUAUUCAGUAUGUAUGCAUACAUAGUUAUUCAUAAGCAACAUGUAUUAGUUAUUUUAUUAUUAAAUAGUUAGUAUUCAUUAUUUUGGUCAAGAAAAGGUUGAAUAAUGUAUGUCUUUUAUAAUGUCAUAGCAAAUCAAAAAGUACAACCAAUUCAAUCAGUUUUGGCUCAAAUACAUGAAAUGAGCUUGAUUAAAUCAAUUGCCUAGUUUUGACAUCCUGGAAGCCAAGUUGAAGCAAAGUCUCUUCUCUCAUCCAAAACUUGAAUGAGAACUGAAAAAAAUCUCAAAAUUGGAUCCGUGAGAUGUCUUCCUUAUUACUUUAUAAUAUAUUUAUUAAAAUUAUGUUCAUAACACAGAAUAUCUUUUUGAAAUUGUUCUAGUUAAUAUGUUAAAAUUCCAAACUUUUGGCAUGCUUAAAUUUUAAUUUUAAAGCCAUUCUGAUUAUUGAGUUCCAGUUGAAGUUAGUGGAAGUCUGGCCAUUAUCCUGCAGAAGGCAGAGAAAUGUAACCUGUGUCUGCUUGAUUAACGGUGAAAAAUGCAAUGAAUUAUCUGGAUGUUCUCUUUAUUAGGUAACAAGGGGGAAAAUUCCCAUCAUAACUGACCUAGUUUCUCUUGUAAAUGAUUUUUUUUUUAAGUAGCAUGAAAGUCUGUGUUUUGCAAAGUCAGGAUCAGAAGACAGUCUUGGGAGGCUGUUUGGAAGAUUGUGUUGUGUUCCAGGGGAGCUGAUCAGAUCAGUUGUGCUAUUUAAGAUGGCCAACCCAGUGAGCAGUCACUUUGGUAACUUAAAAACAUAAAGCGUCAACAAAAUGUCUACAUUCAGUUUAUGUAAAUAACCUGAAAACCUUAAAAAAAGUGAUGGAAGAUUGCAAAAG